GUUGUGAUUGUGUAAGAAUUUAAACCCACCCUUUUACCUUGCAUUUAAAUAACAAUUUUAAUCAUGCUUGUAUUAUGCAAGUAGCUCUUGAUCAUGGAGAUGACAGUUUUUCUUCACCUCAUCAGAGUUCAGACUUGCAUUACCAACUCUGACCAGCAGGGGCAGUAAUUAUACUGAGGGAAUUGGAACUAGGGCGCAAGGGAUUAUGGGACUUUUAGUUUUGAGCGGACGACGAUUGGAGUGACAACAUCGACGAGAACAAAACAAGAAAUUCACCUCCGAAAAUAAAUCACCAGGCUUGUAUUUAGCAUAAAUAUACGCGUUGUCUGCUUGGUACCCGGACUCUUUCGGGUGGGUUGAGUCGUUUGUUCGGGGUAGAGCAGGUCACUUUUGGUGGAAAAUAAACAGGAAGUUGUUAGCGUUGUGGGACGUGUAGUUCCGCUUGCAGGCCGCUGAGCUUGAUAACAAGGCACAGAAUAAAGAAACAACAGAAAAAUAACACAAACUUAAACCGAACACCGUGUUUUCAGACUCGACGCUUGCGUAAACAUGCCCGGGUUCACCUGCUGUGUUCCUGGUUGCUACAAUAACUCGCACCGGGACCGGGACCUGCGCUUCUACACAUUUCCUAAGGACACCACGCUGAGGGAGAUGUGGCUGAGGAACAUCUCCCGGGCCGGGGUCAGCGGCUGCUUCAGCACCUUCCAGCCCACCACGGGACAUCGGGUCUGCAGCGUGCACUUCGCAGGUGGGAGGAAAACCUACAGCAUCAGAGUCCCGUCCCUGUUUCCGUUGAGGGGCGUGAAUGAGCGCAGAAACCGGCGGGGGAGAGGCAGGAAGGUGUCCGCGGCUGGUGCUCCUGCCCCCGCCGCCGCCGCGACCUCCGGGAUUGUCAUCACCAAUGUCCUCGCCAGCGCCGCAGAAGGAGCCGAGGGGAACGCCGGUGGGGAGGCGAGCGACGACAGCAUCACCGUGGUUCAGAUAGGCCAGAACGGGGAAUACCUGGGCACGGCGCGGCUGCCCGCCCAAACGGAGGGGACUUGUUACUCCGGGCCGAUCGGCAGCGCAGACGAACAAACCGCGGACGAGUCUUCAGUGGAAGCCACGUCCAUUGUGCACCCACCCGCCGUGCAGUACGUGAGUGUGACCAGCAGCCCCCUCGACCACUCGUACUCUCUGACCACCGGCACCACGUCCGCGGAGCUGCUGCGGAAACUGAACGAACAGCGGGACAUCAUCGCACUGAUGGAGGUAAAGAUGAAGGAGAUGAAGGCGACCAUCCGCCAGCUGCGGGUGGCAGAGGCCAAGCUGCAGGAGGAGGUGCGGGAGCGGGACCGGCUCCUGUACGGCAACUCGGUGGUUUUUAACGCCCGGAAGAGAAACUGAUAGAUGGACAUCACCGGAGACGAGCCGUUACAAAGACUCAGACUGACAGAGGAGGCACCGAGGGGUUUGAAGACAACAGACCCAGCCGUAUUUUGUAUAGAACUUCGAGCGAUGACAAUUUAUUUUCAACAAGUAGAGCUCAGUUUUCGUAGGCCUAAUGUAAUAAAAGUUGGCUGGCUAGUUAAUGUAGCUGAUAGUAAUAAUCUUAUUGCUUAUCACCUAGAGACAUGCACAGCCAAAACAAGAUCAACAUAGCGUUUAUUCAUAAAACAGCUGUAAUUUGCUCAGACUUGAGUAAAACAAAAGGCAAACAGACAAAUGGGGGGGGGGGGACGCUGAAGACUGCCUGUUUGCAUAAAACGUUUUUCUCCUGCAAUGUUUUUAUUGAUGUCAUCAAUGAAAUGAGAUUUGUGUACAUCUCAAAAGCAUACUGCUUAGGUGAGAUAAAAGGCAAAGGUAUCCACAGUUUCUGAAAACUAAACACUACCCUCAGCACACUCAGAAAAUAGGCCCAACCACUUCUUUGGCUGAGUCUCUGGAAGGUACCUUAAGUUGUUUUCCCACGUUUCUGUUUGCUUGAAAAUGUGCAGUAGAUUAAGAAAUUAACUUGCGUUUUCUUGCAGACAUGCAUUAAGAUUAAUGUGUUUCUUAGGGAAACUGAAGUCAUUUCGCCGAAGUAAAACUUUUUGUCCAGAUACUUUAUGCAACUAUGACUGUCUGUCUCCCAGGUUGUUUUGUAACAAAGCAUCUGUUUUUGACUUAAGUUGCCUAUUAAUGGUCAGAUGCUAGUUCACACAGACUUUUAGUGGCUGCAUCUCCGUUUUUUUUUCAGUGUGUGUUUUUGUUGCACAGUAUGUUACAAACAUUUCUGGCUUGAACAUGGUUUGACAGCUGUGCUCAACUGUCAUUUUCAAGUAAAUUUCUUUUUGAAAUGG